CAUUAAUCCAUAAACCGGCCCUCCUCUCUCUCUCUUUCUGGUUUAUCCUCGUUUCUUUCUUUCCACUCUCGUUGUCUGCUGGAGAGAAAAAUGGGUUUCGCUGGUUCAGUGUCUUCCCCCCCUCCUCCUCUGCAACUUUCCUCCUCCUCCUCCUCCUCCUCAUCAUCAUCAUCAUGGUCAAAGUCAGCUCUUUUCAGCGUGACCCCAGUUUCCUUUUCUCCUCCAACUGGAAAAAAUGCACAGUAUCGUAAACGACUCGUCGUAUUGUCAAAGAGAGUUUCACCUCUAGAAGAGGCCAUGAGAAUCAGGAGAGAACGAGAGCUUCAAAAGACGGUUAAGUUUAGAAAAAGGCCACCAUUGAGGCGGGGGAGAGUAUCGCCAAGGUUGCCAGUGCCCGAUGGUAUUCCAAAGCCUCCAUAUUUAGGUUCAAAUGAGUUGCCAGAUAUCUCUAGUGAGCAUCAGAUUCAUGACUCUGAAGGGAUUGUUAAAAUGAGGGCAGCCUGCGAGCUUGCUGCUCGCGUUUUGGUUAAUGCCGGCAAAUUGGUUAGACCAUCAGUGACAACAAAUGAGAUUGACAAAGCAGUGCACCAGAUGAUCAUUGCUGCUGGUGCUUAUCCUUCACCUCUUGGUUAUGGAGGAUUCCCAAAGAGUGUGUGUACAUCAGUUAACGAGUGCAUGUGUCAUGGAAUACCUGACUCCCGUCAGCUGCAGGAUGGUGACAUAAUAAAUAUUGAUGUGACGGUCUACUUAAAUGGCUAUCAUGGAGACACUUCAAAAACAUUUCUGUGUGGGAAUGUCAAUGAUGCUCUUAAGCGUCUCGUCAAGGUGACUGAGGAGUGUUUGGAAAGAGGGAUAGCUCUAUGUAAAGAUGGUGCUAGUUUCAAGAAAAUCGGAAAGAGAAUUAGUGAGCAUGCUGAAAAAUAUGGUUAUGGUGUGGUGGAGCGUUUUGUUGGACAUGGUGUAGGGACUGUAUUUCAUUCUGAACCAUUAAUACUACAUAAUCGCAAUGACAGGCCUGGCAUCAUGGUUGAAGGUGAAACUUUUACCAUUGAACCAAUACUUACAAUAGGAAGCACUGAGUGCAUAACGUGGCCUGACAACUGGACAACUUUGACAGCUGAUGGUAGCCCUGCAGCACAAUUUGAGCAUACCAUUUUAAUUACUAGAACUGGUGCGGAAAUUUUGACAAAGUGUUAAAUCAUUGUAAUUUAUUAUAUUUUUGGCCCAAAUAUCAUUCCCUCACAUUUUUUGAAGUAGAUACUGUAGGAUCCAAUUCUGCUUUUAUACAUGUGAGUGUCUCUAAUGCGUGAAAUUUAAUCAUUCUAGAUUGGUAAAGAAGCAAAUCUUGAUUUGCGACGUUCAA